GUGAUUUCCUGAGCAUGCCUAGGGAAUGACAGGCAUCUCCACAGGCAGGCUGCAUCCACCUUGGCCGGGUGGCGUCAUUGGCUGCCUAUUAGAAAAACUACAGGACAAUGCAUACCACCGCCUGCUGACUGUAAACACAGGGGCUGUGCGUUCACUUAGCAUGGACUCCUGGGAGGGGCUAAGGAAGGACGGUCUGGAGUUUUAUUGAAUAGAGAGCAGUGUGUAUUAGGCUGCUGCCUGCCUGCCCUCUUGCUGCGCACUCCUGCUUAAAGAAAUCAGCCCUUCCUUUCCGAUUCAGUCCUCGGGAGAAGUUUCAGUCUACAAGGUAUUGUUGAAACAUUUCAAGAGCAUCAAAUCGAAUUCCACAAGGACUGGUAAUCAACUGGAAGGCUCCGCCAUCUGACUGCUUACCUAUCCAGACACUAUCUGGUCUUCCUAAACCUGAAACCACACCAUGGAUGAUUUUGAACGUCGCAGAGAACUUAGGAGGCAAAAGAGAGAGGAGAUGCGACUCGAAGCAGAAAGAAUCGCCUACCAGAGGAAUGAUGAUGAUGAAGAAGAGGCGGCCCGGGAACGGCGCCGCAGAGCCCGACAGGAAAGGCUGCGGCAGAAGCAAGAAGAAGAAGCCUUGGGACAGGGGACAGACCAGGUGGAGGUGAAUGCCCAGAACAGUGUGCUCGAUGAGGAGCCCAAGACAAGCCCCACAAACACCCAGGUGGAAGGUGAUGAUGAGGCUGCCUUGCUGGAGCGCCUGGCUCGGCGAGAGGAAAGACGCCAGAAACGCCUUCAGGAAGCUCUGGAGCGGCAGAAGGAGUUUGACCCAACAAUCACAGAUGCCGGGCUGUCACUCCCAAGCAGAAGAAUGCAAAAUGACAUGGCAGAAAAUGAAGCUGCAGAGAAGGAAGAGAAAAGUAAAAGUCACCAAGAACGAUAUGAGAUAGAGGAAACAGAAAUAGUCACCAAGUCCUACCAGAGGAACGACUGGAGGGAUGCUGAAGAAAACAAGAAGGAAGAAAAGGGCCAGGAGGAGGAGGAGGAGGAGGGGAAGCCAAAGCAAAGGAGCGUUGGAGAAAAUCAGGUAGAGGUGACGGCAGGAAAGAAAACAGAAAGCCAAGAGGAGACAGGGGUGAUGUCAUUGAAAAAUGGGCAGAUAGGUGCGGAAGAGCCUAAAUCAGAGGAGAGGGACCUGGGUUCAGAUGCAAUUCCCCAUAAUGAAAAGACAGAAGAGGAAGACAGGGAGAGAGCUGAGGCAGAGAGGGUACGGUUGGAGGCCGAAGAAAGGGAAAGAAUCAAAGCCGAGGAAGACAAAAAGAUAGCAGAUGAGCGAGCAAGAAUAGAAGCAGCUGCCCAAGAAAGAGAAAGGAGGGAGGCGGAGGAGAGAGAAAGGAGGGAGGCAGAGGAGAGAGAAAGGAGGGAGGCAGAGGAGAGAGAAAGGAGGGAGGCAGAGGAGAGAGAAAGGAGGGAGGCAGAGGAGAGAGAAAGGAGGGAGGCAGAGGAGAGAGAAAGGAGGGAGGCAGAGGAGAGAGAAAGGAGGGAGGCAGAGGAGAGAGAAAGGAGGGAGGCAGAGGAGAGAGAAAGGAGGGAGGCAGAGGAGAGAGAAAGGAGGGAGGCAGAGGAGAGAGAAAGGAGGGAGGCAGAGGAGAAGGCUAAGAUAGAAGAGCAGAAACUCAAUAAGCAGCUAGAAGAGAAAAGACAAGAGACAAAGGUUCAAGUGGGAAAGGUAGAAGAGAAAAGAGAUGGGAAAUGGGUAAAUGAAAAGAAAGUGCAAGAAGAAAAACUGCAGACAUCUGUCCUAAAGAAACAGGAAGAAGAAAGGGAAGCUAAAACACAAGCCAAAAGAGACAAGUCCCAGGAAGACAAGCCCACCUUCAAAAAGGAAGAGAUCAAAGAUGAGAAGAUUAAAAGGGACAAAGAACCCAAAGAAGAAAUUAAGAGCUUCAUGGAUCGAAAGAAAGGAUUUACAGAAGUGAAGUCACAGAAUGGAGAAUUCAUGACUCACAAGCUUAAACAUGCUGAGAACACUUUCAGCCGCCCCGCAGGCCGGCCCGCCGACGCCCGGGAGCCCGACGGCGCGCCCCAGGUGGAGGCCGGCAAGCGCCUGGAGGAGCUUCGCCGCCGCCGCGGGGACACCGAGAGCGAGGAGUUCGAGAAGCUCAAACAGAAGCAGCAGGAGGCGGCCCAGGAGCUGGAGGAGCUGAAGAAAAAGCGGGAGGAGCGAAGGAAGGUCCUGGAGGAGGAGGAGCAGCGGAGGCGGCAGGAGGAGGCCGAGCGCAAGGCCCGAGAGGAGGAAGAGAAGAGGAGACUAAAGGAAGAGAUUGAAAGGCGAAGGGCAGAAGCUGCUGAGAAACGCCAGAAGAUGCCAGAGGAUGGGCUAUCAGAUGACAAGAAGCCGUUCAAGUGUUUCACUCCUAAAGGUUCAUCUCUCAAGAUAGAAGAGCGAGCAGAAUUUUUGAAUAAGUCUGUGCAGAAAAGCAGUGGUGUCAAAUCAGCUCACCAAGCAGCAGUAGUCUCCAAGAUCGACAGCAGGCUGGAGCAGUACACCAGCGCAAUUGAGGGAACAAAAACUGCCAAACCUCCGAAGCCAGCAGCCUCGGACCUUCCCGUUCCUGCCGAAGGUGUGCGGAACAUCAAGAGCAUGUGGGAGAAGGGCGACGUGUUUUCAUCUCCCACUGCAGCGGGAACACCAAAUAAGGAAACUGCUGGCCUGAAAGUGGGGGUUUCCAGCCGCAUCAGUGAAUGGCUAACUAAAACCCCAGAUGGAAAUAGGUCACCUGCUCCCAAACCUUCUGACUUGAGGCCAGGAGAUGUUUCCAGCAAGCGGAACCUCUGGGAAAAGCAAUCUGUGGAUAAGGUCACUUCCCCUACUAAGCAGGUUUGAGAAAGUUCAAGGAAGAACCCAAGCUCAAGACGCUGGACCAGCUCAGUUGCAGAGGGCUAAUUUGCUCUGUUUUAUAUUUAUGUCAGUUUACUAAAGUGGUUUCCUUUUCUUUUAUUUUUUCCAAUAUCCCAGUAAACCCAUGUAUAUUAUCACUAUAUUUAAUAAUCACAGUCUAGAGAUAUUCAUGGUAAAAGUACUGCCUUUGCACGGGAGCCUGUUUCUAAAGAAAACCAUGCUGUGAAAUAGAGACUUUCUACUGAUCAUCACAACUCUACGUCUGAACAGUGAUACCAACCACACCCAAGUCGAUAAGAGGAGAUUCAAGUUUAAAAUUGCCUGCGGAAUGUGUGCAGUAUCUAGAAAAAUGAACCAUAGUUUUUGUUUUUCUUUAAAUACAGAAGUCAUAUUGUUUCUGCACUUUAUAAUAAAGCAUGGAAGAAAUUAUCUUAGUAGGCAAAUAAUUGUAACACUUUCUGAAAGUAACCGAUUUCAGAUCUGAUAUACUGCAAUAAUGAUUGUCUUUUUAAAAAAAAAAAAAAAGAUGUACUGUUAUUACUUUUUUUCAUGCUAAAUUAGAUUAUUAUGUUAGCUGAAAGUGGUACUGAUUUUUUUUAGGUUGGUUGCUUUGUGGUUGGUAGUGAUAGUAGCCUGAACCACGUUUUAGAAAACCCAAUUACGUAUGUAUGUGCAUACACGUAUACAGACACACUAAUGGUAGAAUGCUUUUUUAUGUGCUAGACUAUUAUAUUUCAUAGUAUGUCCUUGCAGCUAGCCAAUAUCACCGCUUUUAAAAAAUUAAAAAUCACAAUAUUAUAUUAUUUCAUAUUUGCCAAUCAAAACAUGGCAGAUAGGUAUUAAUAUGUUUUCAAUGCCCCAUAACCUGUAAGAAAAAAGUGUUGAAAAAAAAGAAGAGUUAAGAAGUGUCAAAACGAGUUGAAAUUUUCUAUCAGACAUAGUAUUUAGUUUAUAAUUAAAGGCAAUCUUGAAGUCCAAUAUGAAUUUUAUUAAAUCUACUAUCUGGAUCAAGCUCAAAGCCUGCUUAUUUGUAAUAAUAAAGUUCACAAUAGGUUAGCCUAAAUAAUAUCUAAGGUCUCUUCCUUCUCUCAACUUUAAAGGUAAAGAAUUUUUGAGAGAGUAUUGUAUAAUUUGAAAUUCCAUUUAUGGGUCUAAACCAGACCCACUUUGGCCAAUGUCUGGAAGCAGAGAAGUAGAGUGAACAAAAUAUGGUAUUUAGGAGCCAUGACAGUACUUUCAUCUUCAUAGAUGGCUGAAACAUUUUUUAACAUUUUACUACCUUCAUUAGUCAUUGGUACUUGUCAUAAAUUGAUAAUGUGUUGAAAUCUCAAAAAUACAUAUGACUUUUACUUGUAUUACUGUUCCUCCCAAGUCCUUAUGCCUCAGCAGCUCUACACACACUAUCUAGACCUUACUGUAGCCUGUAAGUCUUUAUUCUUCACAGUAGAUGAUGGAGAGUAGGCCAGUGUCUGGGCAAAGUGUUCUGGUAUGGACCUAUCCAUAGAGUGUAGCUAUAUAAACUCAGAUCUUGCCUGACUUAGGAAAACUGUCAUAGUCUCACUCCCUACCACACUGAGGAAGGCUCCCAAACAACUGUUUCAGGGUUUUUUAUUUGUUUUUUUUCCUCGGUUUUUGUGUUUUUAAUCUACAGUGUUUCCCUGGAAGAGCUAGGCAAGGCAGGGCUGGCGUGAGGAGUGACCACUGCCUCACUAAGUCUGUUUUCUUCGUAAAUCAGAAAAGAGUAGUUGGAUCCUAGCUUUUAGCAAACGUGGGCCAAAGAAAGCAAAGCCACCAGGACUGCAAAAAUCACGCACUCAUGACAGAGUAGACACGCACGAGUCUAUGAUAAGAUACACUAGAAUUUACAAGUAGAAAUGCCUUGUUUAGCUUUGACUCUCAUCGCUGGAGUGAAAUGGGUCAGAGUUUGAAUUAAGGUCUAUGGUGAGGUGACAGCGCAUUGCUGUACUUUUGAACAAGAGCUUCUCCUGAUCACUAUUAUAUAUUUUUCUAGAGUCUAAAGUUGAGAAGAGAAUGUAUCAAUCCUGACUUUUAUUCCAAUAUUUGGAUGGAAUAAGUUUUAGGGUAGAAUUUUGUUCAGUUUGGACUUAAUCUUUUGAAAAUUGAAUUCCUUGUUUACUUGUUUGAUUACAGUUCUGUGUUGUCUUUUAAGAGGUAAAACCGCAGGCUGACUAGGAUGUUCUGUGAGUCCGCCAUCCUAAAACUUUUAUGAACACUUGAUCUUUUUCACUGAUAAUUGAUCGCUGCAAUAAAAAUAUAUCCUCAAAAUGCAUCCACAAUAAAUGGAAUUCCUCCAAAUGUCUUUGAUUCACUUAUUUUAUGUGCUAUGUUGAUUGUGAGAGGUAUGUCUGUUGCAAUAAAGAUGAUGGCAUCGCAAAAUCUA